UCGUCCACCACAUCCUAUUCUCUCUAGCCAGCGCACCCCCCCAGCCGCCCGCAAUGUCCUUUAUCCGCGCAGCCACAUUUGCCCGCUCCGCCGCCGCCGCCUCCCGCCGGUACACGACCGAAACCGCCCCCAAAAAGGCCCAGUCGAACCUCCCGCUCUACCUGAUCUCCGCCGGCACCCUCGGCCUCGGCGGCUACGUCUUCCUCAACAGCACCGCGCCCACGCCGAAGAAGGCGCAGGAGAAGAGCCCGCUCGACCCGCAGAACUUCCUCGACUUCAAGCUCAAGCGCGUCGUCCCUUACAACCACAACACCGCCACCUUCGUCUUCGAGCUCCCGAACAACGAAGCCUCGCUCCUCCCCGUCGCCUCCUGCCUCCUCGUCCGCGCCUCCGACCCCGCCGCCCUCACGGAUGCCAAAGGCCGCCCCGUCGUGCGCCCGUACACCCCCGUCUCCCAGCCCGACGCCCCCGGCGAGCUCGCGCUCCUCGUCAAGAAAUACGACGCCGGCAACGCCUCGAAGCACAUCCACGACCUCAAGGUCGGCGACACGCUCGCCAUCAAGGGCCCGAUCGCGAAGUUCCCGUAUAAAGUGAACGAGUUCGACGAGGUCGCGCUCAUCGGCGGUGGCAGCGGCAUCACCCCGCUCUACCAGAUCCUCACCUACGCGCUCGCGGAUCCGUCCAACAAGACCAAGUUCAAGCUCGUCUUCGCGAACCAGACCGAGGCCGACAUCCUCCUCCGCGAGGAAUUCGAUGCGCUGAGGAAGGCGCACCCGGAUACGUUCGAUGUGUUGUACGCCGUCGAUAAGCCCGAGAGCGGCAAAGCAUGGACAGGUCACACCGGAUUCCUGUCAAAGGACGUGCUCAAGCAGCACCUCGCGCCCCCCUCCCUCAACGACAAAGUUAAAGUCUUCGUCUGCGGCCCGCCCGGCCAGGUCGCCGCCAUCGCGGGGAAGAAGGAGGGCCCGAAGCAGGGCGCGGUCGGCGGGAUCCUCAAGGAGCUCGGGUACACCGAGGACCAGGUGUACAAGUUCUGAGCGCGAGAUCUGUGAGCAGGGGUCGGCUGCGAGAUGCGGACAGAGCGCGUGUUGGGUUCGUCGCUGGGCGAGUGGUCGAUUCUCGAUUCGACGCGGUAGUAGACGGUUCGGAUGGGGCGGAUAGACUGGCUGACGUUGGGCUUUGGCUAUACCGCCAUAUCCUAGUGCUAUAUCGAUGCCGGGGACUUGACGCUGCAUUCUAAAGCGUGUAUCACAUAUCCAAAUGGCUAGUCUCC